GUCCAAGAUGGCGGCCACCUUGACGAGGGGUCUGAGUGGUUUGCUGAGACCCUUGUCAUUGCUGGGCAGGGACUGCUUAACACAUGCGACAAGAACGGCACAAAUAACCUCCAGAUUCUCCACUUUCCAUCGAAAUGUCGCUCUUAGACCGCUGCCUCCAACUAGCGUUGUCCACUCUCCACAACAGAAUAUUUUACAGAGGGUUUCCCCCCUCAUACCAAACCUGAUGCUGCAACCUAGUAAGAACUUAACAUACUACAGCAUAAAGAAGGGAAAGAGGAAGACUGUGAGGUCUGUAGUCGCUCGCUUUCUCAGGCUCCACUGUGGGCUAUGGGUCAGGAGGAAGGCUGGAUACAAGAAAAAGCUGUGGAAGAAGUCUGCAGCCAGGAAGAAACGUUUAAGGGAACAUGUGUUCUGCAGUAAAACUCAGUGUAAAAAGCUGGACAAAAUGACCACAUCGUUCUGGAAGAGGAGGAACUGGUACCUCAAUGACCCCUAUCAAAAAUAUCAUGAUCGGGUCAACCUUGAUGUCUAAAACGGGUCCGGCCACGAGCUGUCUGAGGUUCACACACAUGGAGGAAUGCUAUCAUCAUGAGCGACUGCACUUGCUUUAAAUUUUCUGUUUUGUCAUUGUCAUGUAGACCACAUAAAACAAUACAUGUAAAAUGUGAUGAAUUAUUAUCAUUGGAAAGACCAAUGCAUGAAAAAAUAAAGCUGUUCAAAUCAGUGA